GGUAUCGGUCUUUUCGGUUCGAUCUUAUUUUACCCACCCCUACUCGAACGAACCGAAGAACUCGGCGGCGACACUGACAGUCUCCUCUUCCACCACUGGCCUAGGGCAAGAGAUCGACGAGAGGAGCGGAGGGAGGAGGAGGAGAUGGGCGGAGUGGAGCAGGAGCAGCUGCUCAGCCUGGGCGUCCUCAUCGACAUCGUCGACGAGCAGUGGAUGCGCGACACCCUCCCAGCCGACGAUGUCCCCGUGCCGCCCGCCAUGGCCGUGAAGACGGAGGAGGCGGAGGAUCCAGCACCCGCCAUAGAUCAGGAAAGCCAACCAGCACAAGGGGAUGUGUGGCGUGAUUUCACAUUGGAGAAUCUCUGAUCACUUGUGACCUACAAGUGCUUCCAGAGAUGAAUAUACCAUGCUGGGAAUCUAGGAGCUACGUGGUCAUUGCAAUUUCUGAGCUUCAUAUAACUAUAAGGUCAUCUGAACUUAGCGUACUAUCUGGUUUUGUUUCAGCUGUAGUUCGUCGAACCCAUGCUUUAAACCGAUGUAAAUGCUCCAGAUAUUGGUAGCACAUUGCUGCAUGAUGACACCGAACCUUGUGAUGAGAAAUUAUAUGUUGUGAACUAUGAUGGUGAUGAGAACAGUCAUUCAGAUCUGGAACAUAUCAAAUCACUGGUAGUUUGCAGUCACCACACAUUGACGCAUGACAAACAGCAGAGUUUCUGCCUUGGCAUGUGUAUGGCAACAUUCUUUUUUCCAA